UUGUGAACGGGAAAGGGAUACAUGUAUAAUUUCUUACAUUCUUUGAUUAAUUAAAUGUUAAUUGUUUUGAGGUUUGACCAUCUGGUAUAGUGAACUCACAGAGAUAGAGAAAGCUAAUUUAUGGCUCGGGCUAUAACUCCUGACUACUUGUUCCUUCUAAGGAAGGAAACCCAAGGAGAGGAGGCUCCAGGGAUGUUCUGGUGGCUCAUGUACAGUCCACAACCGGUUCAAGUAGUACAAGGUGAAUUGCUUGCUCUAAUUCCUCCACAAGAGAUGACUACACGCUAUGAUAAAACACCACCUCACAACUUUCGCACCAAGAAAAACCCCAGUGUCACACUGUACAGUAUAAAAGAUGACGUAUCUCCAGUAUAUGGCAAAGAGCUACAGCUUUUGGAAGCCAUCAAGAAGCCAUGCGAUCGAUUCACUGUGCUCACUGAGGACAAUAAGCUGGAAUGGGGUGGCAGGCUGAAGAUAGGUGACCAGGUCUAUGUGAGGCUCCCCACAAGUGCACCCACCUGGUCUGCUGGUGUAUUGAGACAUGUUGGACCUAUGCAUAUGGCGUCAUUACCAGGGAGGAACUUUGGAGUGGAGAUUACAGAUUCUCGUCAUCUAAAAAAAGGCAAUAGUAACGGUCUCUUUAGGCGGUACAGAUAUUUCAAGUGUGAUAGAAACUGUGCUGUCUUUGUGUCUCUGGAUAAGCUUGCUGCUAAACCACCUCACCAAGAGCCUGAAACAACUCACUUAUUCAAAGCUAAAGCUGGUCAACAUUUAGCUGUCCCUGAGGACCGAGAGGAGUUUGCCAAUCCCCAGGAUAAAAAGCACACUGCGAAUAUUAACUCAGCAGAGCUUGAUCAGAUAAGAGCUGCAUUAAAUGAAGACAUAGACCUAUCGAAGCAAAAGGAACUGUUGGAUGCUUUCAAUAAGGACUCGAAGAAGAAAGCUCAGCAAAACGAAUCCAAAAUAAAUGUCCAACAACCUUCAGGGCAAGCAAGAGGUCACUUGAUUAAAAAGCAACACUCAUGGCAUCCUGGAAGUGAUCACACCUUAUAUGGUGAAAGAAAGGAAUCCCCACAGAGAUCUGCUACAAAAAUUCCAGUAGAACAUGAGAGGGCACUUCCCAUACACGCACAUUCCAUACAAAGGGGGCCUAGAAGUUACGCAAGAACUUAUUCCCAACCGCUUACAAAUCAAGACUACAACGCCUCAGUAGAAAACUCCAACCCCUACAACCAAAUGGCCCCACAAAACACUGGAGAGCCAGACUAUGUUAACAGAGACACAGUGGAUCAAGACUCAAGAAGUCAACAAAAUCAACCGCUUCGCCUAAACCAAUGGCAAAGUAACCCUGUGUACCCACAACAACCUGGUGCUGAGCACUAUCAAAAAACGGAUCAGGAAAUACCGUCUGGUCCAGAAUAUCCGAAUAUCCAACACCCUGGAGUCAAAAAACGUCAGUCUCAUCAUGAUGCUCCACCACAAGUACCUCAAGACAACGCCUUGGUAAGAAGCUCCAACCCAUACAAUCUGGCAGUGGAUUCAACUGUUCAAGUGGCCUCUGCGAACCCGAAUGACCCCCAGCACUAUGAAGUGAUAAAGGGGACUGGAACUGUAGAUGGAGUGGACGGUCAGGUGACUGGGAUUGAAGUGGUAGGUAUAUCAUUAUUUUGCUUAAUCAUUUCCUCACAGGAGGACUACAUGGAAUGGUGUACUGACGGAACAUUUAAAGCCACAGGAGAGAAGCACUUCACCUGUAACUUUGAAAGAGGAAUGCAUUUCCCACAGGCUAGCCUUUGCCCCCACCAAAGGGUUGGACCUGUCUCUACACCACAAGCUGAACAUGCUGCAUCAUCACAUCGUGAUCAAAAUCCUAUACAAGUCCCAAUGGAGGAACAAUUGGACCGAUUCAUUGACGACCCCACUGAGCAAAUGAUGAGGUACAUUGGAAACAGCCGUGGUAUCCAGGGUCACCAAAACUCUUGCUACCUGGACUCUACUCUUUUUGGAUUGUUUGCCCUCAGUGACAUUUUUGACACUGUGUUCCUAGCACCAGACCAAUCCAUCAUCACUGACCAGAACAGGAAACGUGUUGUCAACCUACUGUGGAAGGGAAUCGUUAAUCCUCUCAGAAAGAAUGGUGUGGUGAGGUUUGAGUCAGUGAUGAAGAUGAGAAAUGCUUUGGACGAACUCGGGAAAAUGGAGGGAAUCACUGAGAAGAAGAAAGAUCCUGAGGAAUUUUUAAACACGCUCUUCAAACAUGUGCUUUACACGAAGCCAUUCAUCUCCAUCAGGCGUCCGCUUGGUGUGGAGCAAGAGUUCUUUGUCCAACUGUUUGUUGAGUAUGAUCCAAACCUCAGACUACCAAACGUGGGAGACCUACUCAGGAGAAUGUUCACAGAACAACGCAUCUCAUUCACAAAAGUUCCCUCAAAACUUCUGAUUCAAGUUUCUCGGUUUGGAAGAGAAAUCCCAACAUACAAGAAGAUUGUUCCAGAGCUGAAACUGAACAUCAGAGAGUUGACUGACACCUACAAAAAAGCUCCACCCUGCCUUUCUUGUGGGGAGGAGUCAGCUAUCAAGUGUGAGAUUUGUGGUUUUCUCAGUCAGCAACAGUUUACCCACUACUGCCAGCGCUGCUCAGACCUAUUCCACAAUCCUUCCUACAAAGACAAAGUGCAACACAGACUAACUGCUGUUGUUGUUACUGCUACUCCAGGGGAUGAUCCUGGCCUGGCUGAGUUGGACCUCCUCUCUGUGAUCUGCAUUGAGACCAGUCACUACGUCUGCUUCACUAGAGACCCAAGAGAUAAAAACCCAAAAAAGUGGAUCUUUUUGGACAGUAUGGCCGACAGACAAUUUGACACGUACAACAUUCCACGUGUGACUGACUGCACUCGUGAGCUGAAUGAGUGGGUGUAUGAGGGAGACCAGGACAGGUUGAUCAACACACCACCAAGAAAGCUACCAGAGUUGGUCCGACGGUUCACUCAAGACAUCUACAUGUGUGUCUAUGUUCAGCCUGAUAUUGCCAUGUAUGGAGAUGGUGAUGAAGCUUCAACUUCAGUUAAGGAGUUGACUGCAGUCAGUGUUGUCCCAACAAUGUCCGAGGAGAGCAAGGAUGACAUCGUUGAGGAGCUUAAACAAGAAAUCACUUCUCUUCAGGUAGAAAACAGAAAUCUUCAACAGAGAAUCGAAACCAAUCAGGCCGAGCAGUCUCAACAUAUCCAACUAUUGGAAGCUGAAAAGCAACAGUUGUUACAACGAUACAAUGAGCGAGAACGUACCACCUCUCAAGAAAUGGCCGAGAAAGAAGAGCAAAUACAACAUCACAAAAUGGAAAAGCAACAAUCAGAUAAUGAAAAGCUCGAACUGGAAAGGCGGAAGAAGUACCACAAAGCUCAAUCAAAGCGCUACCAACAACAGGCUCAGGACAUGCAACGAAGGCUAGAGGUGGCAGAAAGUAAAACAAGUCAGUCAAAGUUUUCUAAGCUCCAAAUUCCGCGACUAGACCAAGACUCGUGGAAUGUACGAAGACAUGAAGUUGUGUUACAAGACAAGCUAGGACAUGGUGCUUGGGGAUCAGUGUGUCGAGGGCUGUUCUGUGGUCAGCAAGUAGCAGUAAAGUGUGCACACACAAAAAUACUCCACAAAAACACGAUUGAUCAGCUCAAGAGAGAGAUUCGAAUCAUGGCUCAUGUUCAACACCCCAACCUGGUGCGACUGAUUGCUGCUGUAGUGGACGCUGGUGUGGAGAGAGGUACUGACUCACCUCUGCUUGUUCUGGAGUUUCUUGACACUGACCUUCGAUCCGCUUACGAAACGAAAAUUGUCAAUUUCCAAAAGGAUGCUUUGUUAUCGAUAUUUCGAGAGGUGGCUUAUGCCCUCCACUACCUUCACGAGUAUCAAGAGCCCAUCAUCCACCGUGAUGUGAGUGCUCCCAACGUCCUCCUCCAGCAAAUACACCCAGGAGUUUGGAAGGCAAAACUAUCUGACUUUGGAUCAGCCAAUCUGGUCAAGCACAGUAAAACACCGGCCCCUGGAGCUAUAAUCUACUCUGCCCCUGAAACCUUCCCGUCAAGGGUUGUUCAGAAACAAACAACAAAGAUUGAUGUGUACAGCUACGGCUACCUUCUCGUUGAGGCCAUUGCCAAAGAAAUGCCUUCCGAUGAUGAAAAGGAAACAUUGUUGCUCAAAAUCAAGACUGAGUGGGUGGACAUGUACAACGUAAUAACGGCAUGCACUGCAUACGAGCAAGAGGACAGACUCACAAUGACUCAAGUCCUUGAAAAACUCAAUAAGCUACCUUCUCACUAACAAUAACAAUUGUGUGUUUGUGCAUAGUAUAGUGUAGUAACAGGAGUUAACUACUCAGCAGUUUUUAGCGUGUGUGCAUUUAGAAUGAUCACGAUGAUAUCCUCUGGAAUAUUGCGUGGGCGUGUCUUGUAA